CCAUGGCUUGGCUGCUGAUCGCUCCGUGGUGGGCUGACCUGGAGGCUUCCGAAAGAGGCAGCUCUCUACAAAGAAGGACCUGCCGGUCACUCACAAUGCCUGGGCUGGGCCCUACCUCUGACAGAGAAAUCAUCUAUCCCCUGUACCAUCAGAGAAGAAAAAUAAAACCAAAACCAAAACAAAAAAACAACCUUGUGUGGAUGAGGAUGGCAAGUUCCUCUGGCUCCUGGCUCCUUGGCUGCCUCCUCACCCUCUUCCUCCAGGUGUCUGCACAGGUGUCAGGCGAUGCGGGCGGGUUCCACCUGACGCGGCCAGGGGACACGGUGGAGCUGCCCUGCCCGCUGGCGCUCUGGCCAGGGUCGGUGCCCGAGGAGGUGAGGUGGCAGCGGCCCUCGCGCCUGCAGCGCCCGCAGGCCGUGCACGUGUUCCGGCACGGGGAGAGCAGGGACGAAGAUCUGAUGCCGCAAUAUGCGGGCAGGACGGAGCUAGUGGAAAAUGCCCAGGAGGGAAGUGUUGCGCUGAAGAUCCACAAUGUGAGCCUUGAGGACCGAGGACCCUACCAGUGUCAGAUCCGGAUCAGGAACCUGAGUCGAGAAGGCUCCGUGACGCUGCAGGUGGCAGUUCUAGGCUCUGAUCCUUACAUCCAUGUGAAGGGCUACGACGCCGGGUGGAUCCAGCUGGUGUGCAGGUCAAUAGGAUGGUUCCCAAAGCCUUGGACCCAGUGGAGAGACCCGAAAGGCAGAGCGUUUCUAUCCCUGUCAGAGGUCCACUCUCUGGAUGAAACUGGCCUCUUCCAAACAGCAGUGUCCAGCAGAGUCAGGGACAGCACUUUGGGGAACGUGUCUUGUACUGUCCGCAAUGAGGUCCUUGGCCAAGAAAAGACCACAGCCAUGGUCAUAGAAGCCCCAUCUCCAGGAAGGAUCUCUCCCUCAGCGGUGGCUCUUGCUGCCUUCCUGCCUGUUCUGGGGCUUCUCAUCAUAGCAGGCAUUUGCCUCAUAUGGAAGCAAAAAAGAUCAAAAGAGAAGCUUCUCUAUGAACAGGCGAUGGAAGUAGAAAAUCUUCUUGAAGACCAUGCAAAAGAAAAAGGAAGACUCCAUAAAGCCCUCAAGAAACUCCGGAGUGAACUAAAGUUGAAAAGAGCUGCGGCUAACUCAGGCUGGAGAAGAGCCCGGUUGCAUUUUGUGGCAGUGACCUUGGAUCCAGAGACAGCACAUCCCAAACUCAUCCUGUCUGAGGACCGAAGAUGUGUGAGGCUUGGUGAUAAAAAGCGGCCCGUGCCUGACAACCCCCACAGAUUUGACUUUGUUGGUUCAGAAAUGGGCAGUGAGAAGGAGCAGAGUCCAGAACCACACCUGCCUGAGGAAGGGGAAGAAGGUAAGCCUUGGAGAGUGGAUGGCUCAGAGGGUUCUCGAAUCCCACCUGGGGAGGAACAUGGGCAGGAGAGCCUAUUGAAGGGGGCACAAGGAACACAUCCAAAAAAGCCAUGGCAGAAAGUCACUGCCCCAGCUAGGGGACCUAAGGACCCCACUGCACAUCCAAGGCCUGGAGAAGAUGAGAAACCCUUUGUCUGUGCCCAGUGUGGCAAAACCUUCAACAAUACCUCGAACCUGAGAACACACCAGCGGAUCCACACUGGUGAGAAGCCAUACAAGUGCUCUGAAUGUGGCAAGAGCUUCUCCCGAAGCUCCAACCGCAUCCGCCACGAGCGGAUCCACCUGGAGGAGAAGCACUACAAAUGUCCCGAAUGCCAGGAGAGCUUUCGGCGGCGCUCGGACCUCACCACGCACCAGCAAGAUCACCUGGGCAAGCGGCCUUACCGCUGCGACAUCUGCGGCAAGAGCUUCAGCCAGAGUGCCACGCUGGCGGUGCACCACCGGACCCACCUGGAGCCGGCGCCCUACAUCUGCUGCGAGUGCGGGAAGAGCUUCAGCAACAGCUCCAGCUUCGGGGUGCACCACCGCACGCACACGGGCGAGAGGCCUUACGAAUGCACCGAGUGCGGGAGGACGUUCAGUGAUAUCUCCAACUUCGGGGCGCACCAGCGGACCCACAGAGGGGAGAAACCCUACCGCUGCACCCUGUGCGGGAAACACUUUUCCCGAAGCUCAAACCUCAUCCGCCACCAGAAAACGCACAUGGGUGAGCAGACGGGCAGGGAUUCCAGCUGAAUGGAGCACCAUAGAGAGAGAGAGAGA